CGUCGCAGACUCACAGCUUGUGCUACUACCAAUGGACUCACUCACUCUCAUUUAUUCCACGAAAUUUCAUAAAUAUUUGGAGUCCGGAACUCCGUACUCUCAUCUACUCCUCCUCUCUCUCGCCGGAAAGCUUGACAAUUAUCCGGUUGCCGGUCGUCAUUUUCGGGCGAUUACUGAUUUGAAUCAUCAGAUUCUACUAUGAAUUUGCGAAAAGGGGGUGCGAAGCCAUUUGUUGCUGGUACUACUGAUUCAACAUCAAAGGAAAAAAGCAUGUCUGAGAUAUCUAGCAUCAGCGUUGAUCAGUCGAACCAUGGUGUGGCAGACAUCAGCCUGGAUUCUGCACAAGAUGGUGAGUGGGAGGUUUAUACCAAGAAGUCCAAAAGUAGAGCAGGAAGUGGUGCUGCCAAAUCACGGGGCUCUCAGAAUUCUAAUCCUAAACAACGGGGACAUGCAGAUGUAGUUCAGAAGCUGGGCAUGCAGAGUAAUAUUAGAUCAGGAAAGGGUUGUGGCAGUGGCUUGUCAACUGUGAAUGUUGAUUCCAAAAGACUACCUGGAAGAGGAAGUUCAAGACCCCAGUCAUAUAACAGAGGCAUUGAGAGCAAUUUCACUGGUCCACUGCCUGUAAUUUCUCCUCCUUUGGAGCAUGGUUGGAAGUGGAAGUCUGAUGGAGCUGCUUAUACUCUGUCUUCAAAACUUGGCCUUGACAAAAAUGAGAUCAUUUCGAAUCCCCAUCCUUUUGAUGUUAACAAGAACAAGGUCAAUGAGAUUGGGGAUGAUGAUGAUGAUGACGAUUCAGAUGCUGUUGAUGAUACAGAUGAUGAACUGCUAAGUGAUGAUUCUGAAUCAGAUGAGAGCCAAAAAAGCCACGAAACACGUAAGAGAAGCAAGUUGUUCAAUGCAUUUUUUGAUAACUUGGAUAAAUUGACUGUUGAGGAGAUCAAUGAACCGGCAAGACAGUGGCACUGUCCAGCGUGUCAAAAUGGGCCUGGAGCCAUUGAUUGGUACCGAGGCCUGCAGCCCCUUAUAACACAUGCCAAGACAAAAGGAUCAAACUGGCUGAAGCUCCACCGAGACCUUGCAGAAAUUUUGGAUGAAGAGCUGCGCAGCAGGGGAACAGCGUCCAUACCAGCUGGUGAAGCAUGUGGCAAAUGGAAAGGUCUGGAUGAAACUGUCAAGGAUCAUGAGAUAGUUUGGCCUCCCAUGUUUGUCAUUAUGAAUACAAGACGAGAGAAGGAUGAAAAUGAGAAGUGGCUUGGCAUGGGAAAUAAAGAACUUCUCAAGGACUUUAGCCCAUAUCCUGUAGUGAAGGCCAAACACUCCUAUGGUCCACAGGGGCACCGCGGGAUGAGUGUCUUGAAUUUUGAGAGCUCAGCUGUGGGUUAUUUAGCGGCUGAGCGUCUGGAUAAGCAUUUCAAGGAUCAAGGAACAGAUAGGGAGGCUUGGGAUCGUCAUCGUGCUCCAUUCUAUCCUGGAGGGAAGCGCCAACUACAUGGUUACAUGGCAGAGAAAGGAGACUUAAAUAUCUUUAACCAACAUUCUCCAGGUAAAUCAAAACUGAAAUUUGAGAUGAGAUCAUACCAACAGAUGGUUGUAAGCCAUAUGAAGAAAAUGAGUGAAGAUAAUCAGCAGCUUGUCUUUUUUAAGAACAAAGUUGCGAAGGAACAGAGGCAUUCAAAAGCCCUUGAAGAGUCUUUUGGUAUAUUAUCUGAGAAGCUGCGCAAAACCUCAGAGGAAAACCGUAUUGUGAGGCAAAGAACUCAAAAGCACCAUGAAGAAAACAAGGAAGAGAUGGACUAUCUGGAACAGUUCUUUAAGGACCAACUCAGAAUCAUUCAGGAAGGCCGGGAUGCAAAGGAGGACAGUUUUGAGAAGAUGCAACAACAGGAGCGGGAGAAAGUCAAACAAACAAAUGCCUCUAAUACAUCUGAUCACAGGCACAGGAUUAAAGCAAUCAAAUAGGUGAUGCCUUUGCGUAAAUACACUCAUUUGGUUAGUUUUGGCGUUGGGUCGGCACUGGCAUUUUGAUCCGUGUCUUCCCCAAAAACAAGGCGGGAAGCUAAAGCUCAGAUAUAUGGUUUAUUGGUAAAAUGCACAUGUCUAUUCAGAUUUGCAUGCGUGUUGGCUGGUUUAAUAAUUAUGUGGCUAGUUGUUUUAUGCAAAAUUAAAUCAUUUACUGGUCUUAUUUGGUCAAUAAACUAACAUAUAUUUUUCUAUGUUUUCUGUUGUUUUUAGUUUCUCUUACAGUCUUCCGGAUGUAGAGCUGAAAAAAUUGUUUUCUGGUCUUUUUUGGUCUAAGUUAUUAUGAACUUCUCUA